CAGCUGGGAGAGGGGAGUCUGUUCCUUUGGACUCUUUCUCCUCCUCCUCCUGUUUAUUUUAUUUAUCAUGUCAUCAGCAACCAGGCAUUUGUAUUACAUUUUUAACAAAAACAAUCAGACAAAACACAGAAUUUGCAAACUUGGUAGUUGAUUAAAUGUCCUUUGACCAGUAUCUGGCCGCUUGGAGUGCCUCUGGUGUUGCUGCAAGGAGGUCCUCCAUUGUGCAUGUGGCAGGGCUCAGGUUGCAUUGCAGCAGGUGGUCCUCCUCCUUGCAGCCUGUCUCUUCUCUCAUCAUCUUCUCCUCCUUCUGCUUCUUCUCCUUCCGAGGAAAAGUGAUUGUUGGCUGAACAUUUUGGAGUCGAGCCUGUUCAGGGAUUUCUUUCCCUAGAAAGAAGUGGGAGGAAAAGCAUCUUGGAUCCAGUUUGCUUCUUCAACCAACAGUCAUUCCAACAUGGAGAGACCCAACUCACCUGGACCUGAAUCAGGAAUUGGGAGCAAUGGAGCAUCCUGGGAAAGAACUAAACGUAAGUCCCAGAGUGUGGACCUUUAUAUCUCAGACAGACAGCGCCAGCGCUUCAGGCAUUCCUCCUACCGAGAGGGCGAGGGACCCAGAGAGGUUUGCAGCCGCCUCCACUCUCUCUGCCGCCAGUGGCUGAAGCCAGAGCAACACACCAAGGCGGAGAUGCUGGACCUGGUGAUCCUGGAGCAGUUCCUGAGCAUCCUGCCCCCAGAGAUAGGGAGCUGGGUCCGAGAGUGUGGGGCAGAGACCUCUUCCCAGGCGGUGGCCCUGGCGGAAGGCUUCCUCCUGAGUCGGGCGGAGGACGUGAAGCAGGAAGAAGAGGUGAGAGCAUUGCCUCUUGGGUUCACUCACCUUGGGACUGAUGGAGAGAUUGAACGUACCUCCUGCCUUCCUUCCAAGAUGGGGCAGAUGUGAGGGAGAAGUCAGACCCUGCUCCCUCGGCCUCUUUCCCCCCUUUCUCUGCCCCUCCUGCUUUCACCUCCAUGUCCACUGUAAGCUCAGUUGCUGCUCUACUCAAAUUUGAAGACCCUGAUCUUUCUCCAUACUACUUCAGGAAUACUCUGUGC